GAAGAACUGCUCAAAUGUGCCAUACCGGAGAAAAAAGCCCAAACUGUCCUAAUACCCCGCUUAUAUAUUUAAUUAGUUCACUCUCUGGCUUCCAACAACAACGCGUAAGAAGCCGCCUCACUUCACUCUCAUGGCCGCAACCUUCCUCCUCUUCCUCCUCCAUCUCUUAAUCACCACCGUCCCGGCGACUCAGACCAAAUCAUCAACAAACCCAUUCACAGAAAAAGCAGCGCUUAUCCGUUACUGGAACCGCAAAAUCUCCAACAAUUUGCCACAUCCAUUUUUCUUUGUUUCCAAGCUCACCCCUCUCUCUGCCGUCGACGCAGCCACAUUCUCUAACAUCGCCUCCAUCGACCCAUCCAACCUCUCCACCCACCUAUCCUCCUUCUGCUCCUCCGCCGCGCUACUCUGCUCCCCCGACUUAACUCCUUCUCUGUCCUCCCACCCCUCCAAUUCCGACUUCACCAAAUACCAAAGUAGAAUCUUUACCAACUAUGGAAACGAAGCUGCCGGCGGACUUUCUUCGUUUAAAAACUACUCAGACAAUCUCAACGUUCCUUUCGACUCAUUCCGCCGUUACGGCCGCAACUCCGCCGGCCACGACGAUUCCUUCUCAUUUUACGCCCCUGAUGGCAACGUCGUCACUGCCAACUUCACCUCCUACGGCGCCAGCACGGCCGGCGGAAUCGAUAACUUCACAUCCUACGAUCAUUCUUCCAAUGUACCCGACCUAGGAUUCAUAAACUACGCCGCGGAAGGCAACGGACGCACCUCAGGCUUCAAUUUUUAUUCCGGCAACGCUAACUCCGGCGACCAGUCUUUCUCUGGCUAUGGCAAGAUUGGAAACGGCGUCAUCGCAGAAUUCGCCUCUUAUGGUAACAACUCUAAUGUUAUCGAAACCGGUUUCGCAAACUAUGGCGAGGAUGGAAACGUCAACAAAGACACGUUCACCUCGUAUGGCGAUAACGGCAAUGUGCCUGAAAACAAUUUUCGAUCGUAUGGUUCAAGAGCAAACGCCGGCAGCGAUAAAUUCACCGGCUAUCGAGAUCAAUCCAAUGUAGGGGACGAUUCCUUCGUGUCUUAUGAGAAAGGGGGAAAUGACGCUACGGCCGAAUUCAACAAUUACGGAAAGUCGUUUAACCCGGGCAGCGAUGCGUUUAAGGGUUACGGCGAGGGCUCCGGCAAUGAUCACAUCAACUUCAAGUCUUACUUUGGCGACAACACCACAUUCAAAUCCUAUGCCAAAACUGGCAUUGAUUUUAAAUCGUAUCAUAAUUCCUCAUCGUCCCCAAUUUCCACAUCAGCGGCUAUGCGGCCCAGGAUAAAUCGAUGGGUGGAACAGGGGAAAUUCUUCAGGGAAGGAAGUCUGAAAAAGGGGACAUUUAUGCAGAUGCCAGACAUUCGAGAUCGAAUGCCGCCGCGAUCGUUCCUUCCGCGGUCUAUAUCGGGGAAGAUUCCGUUUUCGGCCGCGGCCGUCGCACGAAUCUUCAAGAUCCCUCCGGGUACAGCCAUGGCGAAUGCUGUGGAAUCCACGGUGGGAGAAUGCGAGCGGCCACCGAGCCGCGGGGAGACGAAGCGCUGCGCCGCGUCGGCUGAGGACAUGAUCGACUUUGCCGUCUCAGUCCUCGGCGGCGACGUUGCGGUAAGAUCCACUCAGAACACCAAGGGCGCCAAGGAAAGAAUUCUGGUCGGCGAGGUGACGGGAGUGAACGGCGGUAUGGUUACCUCAUCCGUGAGUUGCCACCAAAGCCUGUACCCGUAUCUGGUCUACUACUGCCACUCGGUCCCGCGUGUACGCGUUUACGAGGCUAAAAUCCUGGCUGUUGAUAGCAAGGAGAAGAUCAAUCAGGGAAUUGCCAUCUGUCAUAUUGACACGUCGGAUUGGAGCCCCAUGCACGGGGCCUUCGUAUUGCUGGGGCACGGACCGGGAAAGAUCGAGGUGUGCCAUUGGAUCUUUGAGGGUGACAUGACGUGGACUAUUGCUGAUCGUCCAUAAUUUGAUCCAAAACAAUUAGUUUUGAUUUGAUGCGUGUUUGGGGAAUAAUAAAAAGCAAUUAUGCCCUUUUGUUAAUUUUAAUUCGGAUAUCUUAUCAACCGAAGAGAUUAUCAUGGA